UUAUAGAUAUAAGCUAUUGUUUGCUUUUUUACUCCACUGCGGUUGAAACGUUUUAUAAAUAUUCACCAUACGUAACUAGUAGCGUCAACACUGAUCAACUCGUUGUUUGCGGCAUUAUCAGUUAUAAGCUAUUUGGCAGAGGGUUUAGAUGUGCAGAUAAGAUGUUAAUAGUUUUGUUAAGAAUUAUUCAAUAAUUAAUUGCAUUAACACAAAUAUAUUAUUAACUCGAAGACGUUGAACCGCAAAAAAAUAAAUAAAAUAAAUGUCACAAAUAUACUGCUCUAAAAAUAUAUAAUUCGGAAUUAUUCAAGAUGUUAAUGCAUUUGUUCGGCGCAAUUUGACAUGUUUUAUAGUGGCUUCACAAUUAUUAAAGAAACGGGCGUUACUACAGUGGAACUCAAAAUUUGUAUACACUGCUAAUCAAUGAAAUGAUAUUUCACUGAAUCGACGUUCGUAUUGGGGACAUUAACGGUUGUGUACAAAUUAAGUGGACAGCCUGCAAAUACAUAUUUUUCUGCACUUCUAGAAACAGUUUUGUUAAUAUGACUACAUUGGCCACGUUAUCCAACCCAGUCGGAAAUGAUUCGGCCAGUACUGUAGGAGGUAGUUCAUCAACAGCAGGUGCUGGGAACAGCAACAAUGUUGAGCGACGAUGUGAAAAUGCUGACUGUAAUGUUAUUAAGUUAGUGUCAAUGGUACCGAAACGCAAAAUUACACAAUUUGUAACAGAGCCUUCUGUAAUGGAGAAACCCAUGCUUAUAAAUGGUUUUACGACUGUUUUUCAAGUGGAAGGAAGUUCUGCAAAAUUAAGUGAUUUAAAAAAUCCCAAUCCAAACACAACACCCCAACCGAAAAGUAUUUUUCGUAUCGUACCAAAUACACAUGCUCACAUUGUGAAUUAUGUUGUGGUCGAUGCUGAUGGGGAUUCUUUGCGUAAAAUCAAUGAGGGUGAUCCGGCUACAAUGCGAAAAUUACUUGAGUCGCAAAAGGUGAGUGCCGAUCAAAUGUUGAAGAAGCUUAUGGCAGGUCAUGGCCCCAGCGUUCCUAUUGUCUGCAGCGCUUCGCCUGCGUCAACAAGCGUGAACACAGUAUCUUCUGCGACAUCGUCAAAUGCACGUAGUGUGGUAACUUCGAACACAUUUUCGACAACUGCAACCACUACGACCAGUAAUGCAACAAAUGCAAAUAUUCGAACAAAUGUUACACCAGUUACAGGAAAUGCUACACCCAAUGGUUCUGCUAAGUCAUCUGCCAUACAAUUACCUAUUCGAAUGCACCCAAACUUGAAGAUAACUGCUGUGGUAAGUAGAGACACAAUUGGACAAUUGGUAGAACCAAAUACUGGUACCCAGCAGUCUCUACAAGUGGCUCCACCAGCUGCACCUACUGUUCCAUUAAUCACGCCCAUACCAUUAGCGAAUUUGCAGAGUUCGCCUGCUUCUUCUAUUUCUACCCAACCAGCGGAUAAAUCAAAUAUUGAUAAAAUGCAGGCAGAACUUGCGGAAUUGCGUCGCACUGUUGCUAUGUUGGCCGAGGCUAUGCCCAUGAAUCCUCAAGCUCAGAAAGCACUCCAACAAACAACUCAACAACGUGGUGUAGCCGUGAAAAGACAGCGCAUAAAUUAAGGGGUUAGAUGUAGUCAGAAUAUGAAAAAAUUACAUUUUUAAUCUUGUUUUUUUGGCAGUAAUAUAUUUUCUUUUAUAAAAGUAGAAAUACAUAGUAACAAAAGUUGUUUCAUAAAUGCUUGCUAUCAGUACGAAAGUUUAUACUGGAAAAGCGGUUAUUAAUACAAAAAUUAGCAGAAGAGAGGACUUGUUGAGAGCGAAAAAGCUACUAGCCAAAAAAAGCUACUGCGUUAUAAAGAAAUCGUUGUUAAAACGUAUGUCCCACUAAUCCCUUUAUAAAAAUGUGUCCUAGGAAAUUUUUUUUUCGUGAUUUUCAGAAAACCAGCUCUUAAUUGUACACUUAAAUUUCUUUUUUAACACUAUUUUGUUUUAAUACGGGCUGAAAAUAAAACAGCUUUUAAAUUUCUA